AUGCUCUACCGACUCUCCGAGCCCAUCUUGUGGCGGGCACUACACGCAGUGAAUGACAUGGUGCGCAACCAUGCGCCGGUGCUCUUGUUUGACGGGUUUCCGUACCAAGGCCCGAAUUUUCUCGAAGUAGAACUGGACGUGUGUCUCCAGCGGCAGUUUGACGCAUUCGCAAUGCUGCUCGAAGACGCGGCGCCCAGCGUCCGCAUCGUUGCGAUCCACGGCAUCUGCAAGGUGCUCUCGAUGUACUGGGAGCUGCUACCGGUCGACACGAUCCGCAAGUGUCUCCUCAAGUGUCUUGAGCUCGCCCAAGACACGACGUCGGCCUCUGUCCGCGUCGCCGUCUUUGAUGGUCUCCUCGUCGUGCUCGAAAACCAUCUCAGUCAUAAUGUGCUCAAGCCAUUGUUGCCGCAGUUGGCGCCAUUGAUGCACGAAACAAACGAGAAGGUCCGCGCCGCCAUGGCCCGUCUCCUUGUCCGCGUCAAGAGCAUUCGCGGCCUCCAUUUUUACGACGUCGUGUCGCUCGAGCAUUGCUUUAAGCGCUUGGAGCUCGACAAGGCCCGCCACGCGGUCGCCAAGCCGCUCACAGAGCUCUUUCUCAACUCGUACUUUCCCCAAGGCGUGCCCGGGUCGUCCCAAGUCGCUCGAGCGCUCUCGCUCAUCGAGAAACACCCGCACGCGAGCUUUGUGUUUUACAAAAACGUGCAUCAUUUCGCGUCGAUUGGGUCCGUGUGCAAGCUUGUCGUACUCCUCUUCAAGUGCUUGGGCGAAGAUUCGAUGGUCGAGCUCACACCGCUGCUCUGCGACGUCAUGAAGACGCUGCUUGAGAGCGUCGCAGGUCCGCUCUACCACGAUCCUCGGUACAGCGAGUGCGUCGAAUUUCUCACGGCCGAGAUCAAAUCGGCCGACAUUGCGGCCGUGUUUGAGGCCAACGACAAGACAAUGACGGUGCCCCUGUGGCAUGUGAUUGCGGUGCUACCCACGACGCUGCAAAGUGACUUGAUUUACCAUGUGCUGACGCAGCUCGAAGGGCUCACGGAGACGUCAUCGCGCACGUAUCUCGCUGACAUCCUCCACAUUCUGCAGCACUGGGGACAGCUGCCAACGUUUCUCGACACACUGGUCAAGUCGAUGCAAUCACAGGCCGAGAUCAUGGACCCGGUCCUCGUGCUGGCGUGCUUGGAUGUGAUUUUCUGCUGCGAUGCGACGCUUUGCGAGUGGCUCACGCAGACGCUCGAGCGGCCCUGGGAGAGCUUUGAACCGACGGUCUUCCCGCGGCUCUGUCGCGUGCUGGUCGCCGUGCAGCUCCAGCUCGCUGUGCCCAACGCCAAGGACUUGGUCGCCGAGUACAAGAAGACGGCGCCGCUCAGCGACGACGCCGUCGUGUUUCCUUUCCUGGACGUCGAGCCGCCGCGCGUUUUGCCCACGAUCUUUGACCACGCGCUGUCCCGUGGCCAUGGCAAGCGCAAGCGGCUCGCGGGCGACGACCAGCUCGUGACGCAGUUGCUGCCGCUGGUGCUGGAUUUGAGUUGGAUUUGUGUCUCGCAGCUCUUUUUGCCGUCGGCCAAGGCCUUCCUCGACAAGGUGACGACGCUUGCUUUGCGGCACACGGCCUUGGCGACCCAGCUGCUCCACGUGCUUUGGACAAGCCCGUGCGUCGCCCGUGACAGUACGAGCGUGGCCUGGAUUGAGGAAGCGACGACGAAUCUGCUGCCGGUCGUCCUCCACGCGUCCGAUGCGCUUUGGCUCCUCGAACGCAUUCAUCGCUCGUCGGGCAACCAUCGGCGGACGUUUUGGCCGCUCGUUUUGAAAGCCAUGGACGAGAGCGCGCGCUCCGGACGCACUGGCCGUCGAGCGCCGAGAGUGUCCGCGGCGCUCGACCAGGAUGUCGACGCGCUGACGACCCUCCUGCAGACCGUGCCGGCCGUCUCGGAGCUCGCGUCGUCGUGGCUGGCGCGGCAGUCGACCGCGCACCUCGAUUUGCUGCCCGAUAACGUGGGCAUGUUUUGCAGCGUGCGUGCUAAGGAAUAA